CGCUUUCUAUCUAUCUAUCUUCUUGAUCAGCUAAGCUUGGCCCAUGAUCCAUUGACUCCAUUGCCUGCUGUUCCCCUCAUAAAGUUCUUCAUCUUCUUCUUCUUCUUGUCUGCGAGCAUAUAUGUCAAGUUAGCUAGCUAGGGUUCUUAGGUUGAGAAAGAAGGGAAGGAUGACAAGGAAGAGAACAGAGAUAAAGAAGAUAGACAACCUGAGCGCGAGGCAAGUGACCUUCACUAAGAGGAGAAGAGGGCUCAUCAAGAAAGCUCAUCAACUCUCUACCCUCUGCGAUGCCGAGAUAGCCCUCAUCAUCUUCUCUUCCACCGGCAAGCUCUUCGAGUUCUCCAGCUCUAGUACUGAACAGGUAAUCGAGAGGCAUAUCAAUCUGCACUCAGAGAAAAGCCUCAACCCCUCUGCUCAGCAACAGGUAGAUGAUAUCCCAUGUGCCUUAAGGAAGGAUCUCUCCGAUAGGGCUCGCGAGCUAAGGCACUUGAGGGGGGAAGAUCUACAUGAAUUGAAUCUUGAUCAACUUAAUCAACUUGAGAAGUCACUCAAAGGUAUACGUAUGUACAUUUUAUCAUCAGCAUCCCUAUUUUCUGCCCUUUUUCUCGUUCGGGGCCUCAUUACUUAACCUGCUAUUUUUUUG